AGGACCCUGGGAUCAUGACCUGAGCCGAAGGCAGACGCUUAACCGACUGAGCCACCCAAGCGUCCCCCCAUUUUUGUUUUUAAUGAUGAGCAGAAGUUGCAUCUCCAGAAGAGAACUGUUUGCAUCCCUGAAGUAUUGUCUAUUGCCUAGCUCUCUCAAACACAGAACUUACAUCGCAACCUAUACUCUGAAUAAUUCAGACUCCUAGUUUAUAGACUAUCUCUUCACUACAGUGCUGUAGAGUGCAGACUCGCUCACUCUUAUCGGAAGCUUGAUGGGCAGAGGGUGCUGGGGUAGCCAGGGUGGAUUACUGCCCACAGGAUCGGAUUUGAAGGACUUUGAAGGGCCUUUUUUCCUCCAAAGGAAAUAUAAAAUUUAGGAAUUUUCCUAAAGGAAAAUUUUCAGGGGCUUUGAUAGGAUGCCCCCAGGAGACCUUGGCUCAAAGAAAAAGGGCUGUUAUUUGGAAGUUGAUGAGGAAAGCCUCAUGAGCACACCAGAACCUCUUAGCAGUUUGUCAGACUAGGGAGCUGUUACCUUGAGAAGCCAAGUAAGGAGCUGAAAGGAGGGACAUUUCAUAGUAAGUCUUGAGAAGCAGGUGGUAGAGGACAAGAGGUAACCCAGGCCUUUUGAGGGCCCUAGCAGGCUACAGAGGGGAAGAAGACCAGUGAAUACAAAGUUCCCUGAGAAAUAUAGGAAAAAUGCUAAUUCUAACGCUUAGGGGUUGUUAGAGCCCUUAAUAAAACUAUAAGAUCUAUUCAGCAGAACGCCUAUGGACAAAGGGGGUGAUGAUCAAGGAUGCCUUUUCCUGUUCUUAUCUCAAGGUCUUGAUUGAUGCACUAGCUUUUAUUUCUUUAACAUUUAUUAAGCAACUACUUACCUAGGGGCAAGGCGUACUGGUAGCAAUGCAAAAUGAGUAUGCUAACAUUUGCCUUUAGCUACAUGCGAAAACACUGUUUAAUGUAUAUUAACCAUUUGAUCAUAUGGGUUACCAUUAUCCUCAGCCCCUUAUUAUGAGGAAAUAAGGCACAGGGGAUUCCAUAGUUUGCAGGGGGUCACACUACUAGCGUCAAGGCAAGGAUUCAGACCCAGGCAGUUGGGCUUUAGGCCCUGAAGCCCGCGUAAAUGACCCCUACCCACUUCAGUGUCUGGAGAAGUCACACCUGGUGCGAAAUCAUCAGGGCCUGUUUCUGGGCUACCUGGGAGCCCACACCAAAAAGAAGAUAGGAUCCUUCCUCCUCAUUCAAGAGAAGGUUAAGCUGAAACCACUGCUCAGCUUCCAAGAUGUUGCCACCCAAACUGCAUGCGCUUUUCUGCCUCUGCAGCUGCCUUGCAUUGGUCCAUCCUAUUGACUGGCAAGACCUAAAUCCUGCUGCCCAUAUUAGAUCAUCAGCAUGGGCCAAUGAGAUACGAGCCCUGAUGGCUGUUGCAAGCGUUGGCCAAUCUAAAAUUCCCAAAGGAAAUGGGCCUUAUUCUGUCGGUUGUACAGACUUGAUGUUUGAUCAUACUGAGAAGGGCACCUUCUUGCGUUUGUAUUAUCCUUCCCAAGAGGAUGACCACCACUCUGACACCCUUUGGAUCCCAAACAAAGAAUAUUUUUUUGGUCUUAGUAAAUACCUUGGAACACACUGGCUUAUGGGCAAAAUAUUGAGCUUAUUUUUUGGUUCAAUGACAACUCCCGCAGACUGGAAUUCCCCUCUGAGGACUGGUGAAAAAUAUCCACUAAUUGUUUUUUCUCAUGGUCUUGGAGCAUUCCGGACAAUUUAUUCUGCUAUUGGCAUUGAUCUGGCAUCACAUGGGUUCAUAGUUGCUGCUGUAGAACACAGAGAUGGAUCCGCCUCUGCGACUUACUAUUUCAAAGACCAGUCUGCAGCAGAAAUAGGGAACAAAUCUUGGCUCUAUCUUCAAAGCCUCAAAUCAGAGGAGGAGAUGCCCUUACGAAAUGAACAGGUACAGAAAAGAGCAAAGGAGUGUUCCCAAGCUCUCGAUUUGAUUCUGGACAUUGAUCGUGGAAGGCCAGUGAAGAAUGUAUUGGAUUUAGAGUUUGAGGUGGAGCAACUGAAGGACUCUAUCGACAGGAAUAAAAUAGCAGUAAUUGGACACUCUUUUGGUGGAGCCACAGUGAUUCAGACUCUUAGUGAAGACCAGAGAUUCAGGUGCGGGAUUGCCCUGGAUGCUUGGAUGCUUCCACUGGAUGAUGAGAUAUAUUCCAGAAUUCCUCAGCCCCUCUUUUUUAUCAACUCAGAACGGUUCCAGUAUCCUGCUAAUAUCGAAAAAAUGGAAAAAUGCUACUCACCUGGCAAAGAAAGAAAAAUGAUUACAAUCAGGGGUUCAGUCCAUCAGAAUUUUGCUGAUUUCACUUUUGCAACUGGCAAAAUAGUUGGAUACAUAUUCACCUUAAAAGGAGAUAUAGAUUCAAAUGUAGCACUUGAUCUUAGCAACAGAGCUUCAUUAGCAUUUUUACAAAAGCAUUUAGGACUGCAGAAAGAUUUUGAUCAGUGGGAUUCUUUGAUUGAAGGAGAAGAUGAUAAUCUUAUUCCAGGGACUAACAUUAACACAACCAGCCAACAUGUCACUCUACAGAACUCUAUAGGAACAGAGCAAUAGAAUUUAGAUUAAAAGCACUUUUUUAAAAGUCUUGUUUAAAAAUGGUCUGAAAGUAUGUGUGUGUGUGUGUAUGAUUUUAAUGUAUUUUCUCAAAUAAAUCAUAUUGUAAAAUGUAGACUAUACCAUAAAAGUGAUUGAAGCUUGGACUAGGAUUUUUUUCUUUAAAUGUGAGAAAGACAGAUGUAUAUCAAAACCAUGCCAGCCUAAAUUUUAAUUUUAGUAAAAUGAUGCUUUUUUAGUGUCAAAA